GAAAUCCUACCACCUACAUUGGCUGAUAUCCUAUAAGAGGUCCAAUACAACACAGACAACGAAGAGGAAAGCAGUGAUGAUGACAAUGACGAUGACAGCUGCAGUGACAGUGAGGGACAAAGUGUGACAGACAUAAAGAUGGAACAAGAUAGUAUGUCUUGUUAUGAAGACAUUGAAAAUCUAGAGUUUUUUCACCCGAACCUAACUCGUCACACUGCAGAGAGCAUGCUGUUACAGAAUGGGACGGACGGCACAUACUUACUGAGACCAAGUUCGAAGACUGGAAAACACUGGGAAUACGCACUCUCUGUCAAAUGUGACAAAUCUGUGAAGCAUUUCAAUGUGAGUUGGACGGGCACAGAGUUCCAGUUUGGUCAUGGAACAUUCAAAAGUCUGCAGGAUCUGCUCACACAUUUCAGUAACCAGCCCCUCAUUGGUGGCGAAUCAGGUCAACUCGUUCUGCUGUGUCGCCCCUAUCCACGUGAUAUAGCCGAGCCUGACCUGUAUGAGGAAGUGACGGUACACGCUGAACUUAGCACCGCAGACGCCAAUAACACGACAUCAGGUUUUUCUAUUAAUUCUAAAGAAGGUUUCUUAACCAAAGAGGGUCGAUAUUUCAAGACUUGGCGAACUCGGUGGUUCUUGCUGCAGAAAAACGAGUUGAAGUAUUACAAGGAGAAAACGGACAAGUCUCCAAUUCGUGUGUUAGAUCUGAACACGUGCCGGGAGUGUUCACAAGACAAUUCUAAGAAACCGAAGCCAUUUGUUUUCCGACUGGUGUUUGACUGGCGUACCUUCUACAUGUCUGCAUCCUCUGAACAGGACAUGAAAGAAUGGAUUAACGUCAUCACAUGGAGAUUGAAUAGAUGAGAUUGCUGCAGGUGACAGACAGUCGGCAGGUGUGUUCUAAAUCAACAUUCAUUUGAACGAACAUAGAUAGAACAAUACAAGGAAGACCAUUUAAUGCUGCAGCUCCGUAUUAGCUCAACUUGAAUAUCAAUCAUGUUAACCUUUAGCCAUUCUGAAUCAGUGACAGACCUGGAGGGAGUUUGGGCUGCUGUGAUGGAAGGAAUAUGGUUCAGCUAAUGGGGUUGGUCACUAUAACUGCACAAAAUCCCAGAAGUUAAGGUUUCACAUGACAUGGUGCUCAUAAAAAUGUGCCUAAAAUGAUAUAACCCGGACCAUAAACAGUGCCUAAAAAUGAUAUAACCCGGACCAUAAACAGUGCCUUAUAUGAUAUAUCCCGGACCAUAAACAGUGCCUUAUAUGAACAUCGUUUUCUGCUGUUUCUCAGCUGAUUUUUGAAGAAGGUAUUUGGACAAUAUUUUGUUUUCAAAAUUUUUUAGGCAGUGAUCGAAAAUUGAUUGGCAGUUACUUUUUAACAUGUUAGAAUUGUGUGGCGGUCUCUAAAACCUGCAUAGCACACAGUGACGUGAUACUGAAUAAAAUGUUCUCUGAAUAAUUCCUUCCCCAUGCCCACUCUUUUGUUUGCAAAUAGCAAAUAAAUUUGCAAGUUAUGAGAACCAGUUAACUAUUUUCUAGUCAUUGCUCACAACAAUAUUUUCAUGUGACAUCAGCAUCCUUAAAAGCUUUAAUAACUUAGCUCUUCAAAUUUAUUGUCUUAAACAGAUGGGUUUUUUUUUUUUAAAUGUACAUGUAUGUAUAAAAAUUGCAGAAUAUAUCAUUUCAUAACUUUUCAAACCCAUAACCACUUAAUACUUAAUAGGUGUCACCUUUUUAAGACCACUGUGCAACCUUAACCUUAAGGCCUACCUCACUGUGCAACCCUAAGUUUAAGGCCUAUCUAACAGUGUAACCCUAAGCUUAAGGCCUAUCUCGCUGUGUAACCCUAAGCUUAAGGCCUAUCUCGCUGUGUAACCCUAAGCUUAAUGCCUAUCUCACUGUGUAACCCUAAGCUUAACGCCUAUCUCACUAUCACAAUACUCAACCACCAAUAUAAAAAAUGUCCAGAUUAAAAAAAAUUGUGACCCACUUUCAUCUGUGAGAAAAACAUUUGUGCAAGGCCCAAAACACACCGGUGCUUAGUCUGUGUCUGGUGAGUAUGACAUCAGUCGAAAGAGAAACACGCGGAGUCUUAAUGUGUCGAACUACAGAUCUGGUAACAUACAACAUAGAACAUGUGCUGUAUACCAGCCUCGGCAGCACAGUGGUUAAUCCAUUGGACUAUAGGCUGGUAGGUACAGGGUUCGCAGCCCGGUACUGGCUCCAAUCCAGAGCGAGUUCUUAUGGGCUCAAUGGGUAGGUGUAGGGCCACUACACCCUCUUCUCUCUCACUAACCACUAACGAACUAACAACUAACCCACUGUCCUGGACAGACAGCCCAGAUAGCUGAGGUAUGUGCCCAGGACACUGUACUUGAACCGUAAUUUGAUAUAAGCACGAAAAUAGUUUAAAUGAAAUGUGCUGUAUGUUGACAGUAACGGACUCGGUAGACCCAGACCCAGAAAAAGCGUUGUGUGUUUUUGGCCUAACUGUGGUAUUAAUAUUAGACCUACUGAACCUGAAUGUGUAAUUGCACAUUUAAAAAAGUAAAGUAUUUUGAGGUAUAUGAAAAAUACUGUUGUACCAUGCAGAAUGCUAGAUUAGUAGUAGAAAACGUAUAGCUGUUCUUUGCUACAUUCAGUUUUGUUUUUUCCAUACUUGUCAUAGGUAAUAUAAUUAUGUAAGGUUAAAUAAGUUUGUUUCUUGCAUAAAUGUUUUAAAUUUUAUAUAAUUAUUUCAGUUCAUUUACUGGUAAAUCUGUUUAGCCAAAUCAGUAUAAUUUAUAAGUGGCUUGUGAUUGGUGAAUGCAUUUUUAAAAUGUUCAUGUAUUUAUUAACAUGUACAUAAUGAUUGUAGCAAUCUAAUAUCCUACAAUACUGUGUUACCUUUUAGAACUGUUUACAGCUUGAAAACUAUUUUUUAUAAAAUAUAGUCUACUUUCUGAUUUACAGUAAUAUCGACUGUUAUUAUUGUUUAUACCUAAAACUGUACAUGUAUUUCUGGUAAUUUCUACUUUUUAAUCAUCAUGUCUACAGUAAUGUACAAGACUAUGUAUCAUCAUCAUUUAGACUAUACACAGUUACAAGGUUUUCACUCCCGAACCACAGUUUGUGUCAGCAUUCCAGAAUGUUCAUAUUUUAACUAAAUAUCCCUUGAAAUAUUACCUUGCAUUUACAACCACAUACAGUUAAAGUACUGGUACACUUUGUUUCAGUAUUCAAGAACGUGCUUAUAUUUGAUAAUGGCAGGGAACAUUUUGUUUUCAAGAUCUUGAUUAGCGAUAUUUCUAGUCAAAAUUGAAAAUUGAUUAGUAACUACUGUUUAAUGUUUUAAAAUUGUGUAGCGAUAACUGAAACUUGUGUGGUGAAUCGCAAUGCGAUACUGAACUUCCCUGAAUGGUACAUAGAGGAUUCGUCACGAGUAUUUUUUAAUAUGGGAAAUAUCAACCGAGGCUUCGUUAAUCUGUAUUUGUCGAGGCUCUGCCGAGACAAAUACAGAUUAACAGGCCGAGGUUGAUAUUUCCCAUAUUAAAAAAUACUGUGACGAAUUCUAUUUAUCAUAUCACUGUCAAUUUUGUUUAUUUUCCAAUUAAAUGAUUAAUAAACAAAACCCCAAUGCUCAGACGUAACAAUCUGUUAUGAUGUAUGAAUACAUGUACAUGUCAAUCACUCAGCUGAUAAUCGGUUUGUCAAUACACCUUGAAGGUUAUCUAUGCUUUCUGAAACUAGGUUAAAAGCGGAAACAAAGAUUGUAGCUAUUUAAAGAAUUUAAUACUAAUUUAACAGUUUUAUAUAUAAACAAUGAAAUUAUAAUAAAAUAAUUGACAAUAGCAAAAAAUUUCAAAAUAACUUUUCGCGGCAUUUUGCCGAGUACUGCGUCAUUGUCAGACAUAGGCCUAUCUACGUCACUGACCUAUUUAAGGGCUUCAUCAAGUUCAGUCUGAGUCUGUCGAAAAUAAGUCUUCGUCCUUUUAGGGGGACAACAGGACUUUUAGGCUGAGCCACAUUUAUUACGAUGUUGCUUUAGAAAGAGGUAAGACUGUUCGGUUCAUAAUGUCCCCCGGUUUCUUUUCAUACACCGAUGUAAAACUUGCACAGAAUUACAUCGAGUUCUUUGGGGGGCAUUUCAUGUAUUGGUCUGGACUCAUUGAUUGUAGAUAGUUUUCAAAAAUGCGCAUGUCGUAUAGAGUUUUUUUGGCAGUAUUCUUAUUUUCAUUUUCUGUAAUGACAUUACCAAUCAUCGUGUCAUCUACUUCUACAAAUCUACGAGUUUUGUUUUUGGGCCUGCCGGAUUGUGGCGUCUGCUUCGAUGUCCGUGGAUCUACCCUAUCCCCUGUUUGCACUAACUAAACGUUCUGGUGACAAUUCAGCUUGAUAACUGGACCCGUCAAUCAUAACUAUAUAAUUACCGGAAGGUAGAGUUGCUUUGAUUGUAGCACUUCCUUUUUUAUUGAUAGUAAUGCUAUCUCCGACUUCAAAAGACGCCAUGUUUGUUUGUCAACAAUUUUGACAGGUGAAAAUAGUUCUACGUUUUCAGUAUAUAAUUUGCAUAAUAAUGUAAUUUGCAUACUUAUGUCUCAAAAUAUGUGAUUUAUGUAAUGGGCGUGCCCAGUGCUAUUCCUUAGUAGUGAUAUGAUAAAUGUGUAUCUUAGUAGAUGUCGACAAUUUUAUAUUUUUGUUAAAGGUGCAUUUACAUAGCAUUCACAUCAGGGGCGUAGGCUGGGGGGGUUCGGACGAACCACCCACCCACCCGCUGAAACAAAUGGUCCGCUUUCAGAACUAAAACAUACAGGUUUAUACAUAUGGAGUUUCUGGUGGUGCAAAAACAAA